CGCAGACAGCUGAUGUGGCCGCUCGGUGCGUCCACGCUGCGGAUCGGAGCAACGCAACCUCCUUUGUUUGCGGCCGCAACCUCUUCGCGUUCGUCUCUCCCAUCUUCUCAUUAGGCCAGCGAGAGAGAGAGAGAGAAAAGCCGUCUGGUGCGCUAUCACACGGUAUUUGUUGUUGUUUGGUUUUCAUGUAGGCAUUAGGUUCGCUCGAUUAACCACAGUGCCGUCACGGCGUUCAUUCAGAGCAUUGCAGUCGUAGCCGCUUCGUGUUCAUAGGAAGGACAUUCGAGAAGAUGGCUCCCAGCGAUAAGAAGUUCCUGGAGAGCCUCUCUGGGGCUGGACGGGCGAUCGGAGUGCUGACAAGCGGGGGAGAUGCCCAAGGGAUGAAUGCUGCAGUGAGGGCGGUGGUGCGGAUGGGCAUCUACGUUGGAGCAAAGGUCUACUUCAUCUAUGAGGGCUACCAGGGUAUGGUGGAUGGAGGGGAGCACAUCCAGGAGGCUUCGUGGGACCGUGUCUCCAGCAUCCUGCAACUGGGCGGCACGGUGAUCGGCAGUGCUCGCUGCAAGGACUUCCGCGAGCGCGAGGGGCGGCUGAAGGCGGCAUUGAACCUGGUGCAGCGUGGCAUCUCAAACCUGUGUGUGAUCGGCGGCGAUGGCAGCCUCACGGGGGCCAACCUCUUUCGCGAGGAGUGGAGCGGCCUGCUCGAGGAGCUGGUCAACAACGACCAGAUAACGGGGGAGAUGGCACAGAAGUUCACGCACCUCAACAUUGUGGGCAUGGUCGGCUCCAUCGACAAUGACUUCUGUGGCACCGACAUGACGAUCGGCACGGACUCGGCACUACACCGCAUCAUCGAGGUGGUGGACGCUAUCACAACCACAGCGCAGAGCCACCAGCGCUCCUUUGUCCUGGAGGUGAUGGGCAGACACUGCGGAUACCUGGCACUGGUGACAGCACUUGUGUGUGGUGCUGACUGGACUUUUAUUCCUGAGUGCCCUCCCGAGGAUGGAUGGGAGGACAAAAUGUGCAGCACGCUGUCCGAUACGCGGGGCCGUGGAGUGCGACUGAACAUCGUCAUCGUGGCGGAGGGGGCCAUUGACCGGCACGGCAAGCCCAUCACUUCCGACUCCAUCCGACAGCUAAUUAAAAAGUGUCUGGGCUUUGACACGCGGGUGACCAUCCUAGGACACGUGCAGCGUGGGGGGACGCCUUCUGCCUUCGACCGCAUCCUGGGCAGCCGCAUGGGCGUGGAGGCCGUGCUGGCGUUGCUGGAGGCCGCCGCAGACACGCCUGCCUGUGUGGUGUCACUCUCCGGGAACCAGGCGGUGCGACUGCCCCUCAUGGAAUGCGUUGAGAUGACUAAAGAUGUGCAGAAAGCGAUGGACGAAUGCAGGUUUGACGAGGCUGUCAAGCUGCGUGGCAGGAGCUUUGAGAAUAAUCUGAACAUAUACCGCUUGUUGGCACACAAGAAAUCAGAGAUCAAGAAGAGCGGCUUCUCCGUGGCAGUGCUGUGCGUGGGCGCUCCUGCGGCCGGCAUGAAUGCGGCGGUCCGUGCGGCGAUCCGGGUGGGCAUCUCGGAGGGCCACCGCAUGUACGCGGUACACGAUGGCUUUGAGGGCCUCGCCAAGGGACAGGUGGAGGAGUUUGGUUGGAGUGAUGUUGGUGGAUGGACUGGACGUGGAGGCGCUACGCUGGGCACCAAACGGACCCUUCCUAACAAGUUUCUGGACAAAAUCGUCGAACAGAUCCAAAAACACUCCAUAUCUGCCCUACUGAUCAUUGGUGGAUUUGAGGCCCUUGAAGGAGCCAUGCAGCUGGCGAGCGGGCGGAGCAAGUUUGAGGAACUGUGCAUCCCCAUGUGCGUCAUUCCCGCCACCAUCAGCAACAACGUGCCCGGCACGGACUUCUCCAUCGGCACAGACACGGCCCUCAAUGCCAUCGUGGAGACGUGCGACCGCAUCAAGCAGUCGGCGAGCGGCACCAAACACCGCGUGUUCAUCAUCGAGACGAUGGGUGGCUACUGCGGGUACCUGGCCACCAUGAGCGGCCUGGCUGCUGGAGCGGACGCCGCCUACAUCUACGAGGAGCCCUUCAGCAUCCGAGACCUGCAGAUGAAUGUGGAGCAUCUGACGGAGAAGAUGAAAGGGAACAUUCACCGUGGGCUCGUAAUUCGAAACGAGAACUGCAACCCCAACUACACGACAGAUUUCAUCUACCACCUGUACUCGGCUGAGGGGAAAGGGGUGUUUGACUGCCGGAAGAAUGUGCUGGGACACAUGCAGCAGGGUGGCUGUCCCUCCCCAUUUGACAGGAACUUCGGCACCAAGAUUGCUGCCAAGGGUGUGCAGUGGGUCUCCAAGAAGCUCCAGGAGUGCUACAGGCAAGGUCGAGUGUUUGCCAACUCUGACGACUCGGUGUGUCUACUGGGAAUGCAGCGCCGAGCCAUCGUGUUCCAGCCCGUCAACUCGCUGAAGGAGCGCACCGACUUUGAACGACGCAUCCCAGCAGAGCAGUGGUGGCUGAAGUUGAGACCCAUGCUCAAGAUCCUGGCCAAGUACCGCACCAGCUACGACAUCUCGGACCUUGAGGGGCACCUGGAGCACGUGGCAGCUCGGCGGGCGGCUGAGGCACCCAAGUUCUAAGCUCAUUCCUGUCGGCAACGUAGUCGAAUAUUAAAAGCCCUAUUAAGUCCCAUACAUUCACCCUAUAACACUGGCCUCCAGAAAGUGUAACUCUGAUACUAACCAGAUCAGUCAAGUCAAUGUAUAUCCCUGCUCAACUGAGCAAGGGGAUGGUGUUCAUCUCAGUUGUGGAUCCCGAAACAGGAGUGGAAAUUCCACAUUACAGGCUGGUCUCCUGGAAAACCCACUGCCGAUUUGAUCAUGGAAUAAUGGUUAUGGGUUUGGUUUACUCCUAACCAGAAUUUGAAAUCUCAUUUGUGAGUCAUGCGCGAUAGACACAGCAUCUCACCGUCCGAUCUGAUGCUAACUAUUACCGAUGCAAUCCAAAUGCACUAGCCUAAAAUUAUUCUUCAUGGUGGACUAGGCCACAUUCAAUUAAACAAUAUAAAUUUCUAUAAUAUGUCUCUUGGGAAUAUUUUUGUGCAGUCGUAUAUACAUAAAAAAUUACCAAGAAUUACCCAAACAUUAGAACCUGGUUUCAUCUAAUAUUAUAAACAUCAGAGAAGGCGAACCCCAUAGUCUAAGGGCUAAUUGUCUAAUACAGCCAUAACCUCCUAUAAUGCAGAGCCACAUUUAUUUCUGAACAAACAAUUGUGUAGAGCCUUGGAAUUAUGCAGAAACAACAACGUUUGGACCUUUAAUAAGUAAAAGACAAGUGUGCUGAAUGUAAUAUGAAUAGUAACCUUGCCUGGCAUUAACUAGUUUCUGCAGAUGCAUUGUCUUGUGAACUAAACUUAGCCCAAUAUUUAAUUUGAACUGACCUUAACCUGAGCCACACACUAACCUCUAAACAUAACCUAGAUGCCAUCGCUGCUUCUGUAACCCGGUCACUUAGUGCUAUGCCUAACUACAACCCUAACCCCAUGUGAUAUAAAUGUUUUGAAAUCGAUAUUGCGUAAUUUAAAGGCCACUGUUUCGUCUUAUUACACUUGUCCCACAUGGAGGUUACGCGAGCCAUUGGACAGCGCUCUGUACGUGCAAACUCUGUUUUAGUUAUCCUGGAUUGCCAUACCGUGAUGCAGUCAGAGGCGAUGCUAAUGCACGUAAUUAGCAGGAGAGUUCUAAAAUUAGCAUCGAGCUCAAUAAAUGGACGUUUAAACCUGGAGCACAGAUGGGCCAAAGCACAAUAUAUAGAUGCAUUGGUGGGCGUCGAAGCUGUAUUGAAUUAAUGCAAAGCAUUGAUUCAUUGGGUUGUCGCCAAAAAAGCCCUGUUAAAUGUUUUGCUUCAAUUUUAUUCCGUGUGUUUCACACACAAAAGUAUGGCUUCAAAUGGGAACUUGGAAGCACCCAGUCUCUUCCCUGUUUCACUAAAUUCGAACAGAUGGAAGAAGCAGAGGAGAGUGACUAAAAGUGAACUUGCGUGGUGCUUUUAUUUUGAAUGGUCAAUUGCGUUAAGAUGUGAGCACGGUGAGAUGCUAAUAAACUGAAUAAAGACCGUGAGCAAUUUGAUUAAGGAAAGAACGAAGCUACGAGAAAUGUGAUCACUGAUAUCUGCUUCAUAUGCGUAUCAGUACCUGCCACUAUUUUAGGGGUCACUCGGUUCCUCUCAUUUCCUAAAUCAUCAAAAACCAACAAGUAGAGGGAUGAUUUAAAAUUAUUGUCCGGUAAAUUAAUUUUUGCGCCACACGACAUGAAUUAUUUAUUCAACGUAAGUCAUUUACUCCGUGGUGAUCCCUGUAAAUGUAAAAAACCUCAACAUUAUUCUCAGCAUAUGCUGAACACUAAGCACCUAAAUGUGAGUGCAGUUACAGGGGUUGCUAUGCAAAUCUUUUGUUUCACACAAAAAAAUAUUUGUUGGAUGGAUUAAUUUGCCAGUGACAGCAUACGCGUUUCCAAAUGAGGGAAUGUUUCCUUUUAUUGAAAACGAAAGAAAUAGACCUCCAAUUAAUUAGGCUUAGUAAUUAAAUACAGCACUGUACAUGGAGGGGUGGAAGAUAGGAGCGCUUAACUGGAUCGCUUCAUGAUGCUGUUGCAGUUCGAAGAAGCCACUCCAUUUGCUGGUGGCUUAACUAUCACUGCUCCACAUUUAUUCAUGCUUAACUCCAUGUGGAUAUGCUGUAUCGCAUUUUUUGCAUGUGAGAUGCUGGGCUGUGUUGGCAGUGUUAUGCUCGACAUAGCGAAUACCCCUACCACUAAACCCGAUAGUAACACUCCAGUCGUUUGUACUGCUACGGUCGCAGAUUGUGCUGGGCCAUAUGUUUCUUGUGAUGUGUCUUUUUUAAAGAUUUGACAUCCGUGCGUGCAGCUGUUAACACGUCUACAUAAAUCUUCACAUUUGCCAUCUUUAAAGAGCCACAGCAACAAUCUCAAGCUCUCUGUCUAAAAAGUCCUCAUUCGAAUGUAAUUUUUCGUGUAUCAUUGCUUUAGCAUGCCAUCUUGUUUUUUUAGAGCAGGUGGGACACGUGGCACAUUGUAUCAGUAUGCCCUUAUGUAUUUCCUUGACUGUUUUGAUUGCAGUGUGAUCACUGGGUUGCAGUGACCACAGAUACAACCAGUGGUGCUUUGUUGAGGUGACCUGUGGACAGAUUGCAGUGGUCGCUAGUGGCAGCUUUGAGGAUGAGAUUUUGGAGCUCUUGUCAGAAUUAACGUUGCAUCGUGUAUUCUUCUUACAUUUGCUGCCCGAUGUCCCGACAGAGCAAAUUCCCUGAGUUGUGCCCAGCAGAGUUUGAGCUCAUGAGAAAUGCUGGCUACACUUUGCGACAGUUCUUUGUUAUAGAAUGUGAUAUGAACAGAAAGACACCCGGUAUUCAGUAUCUCUGGUUCAGACUCUCCGGUAAUCACCCUGUUUCAAGUGUUGGAAUGCAAGUCAUUCAAACAAACCAUACUUAUUAUGUUUCUGGGCUAAUCGAUGUGCUUUGUUGCCACAUUUGGCAUGCCACUUUAUGUGAAUAUGAGGCUGAAGUUUGAGUAAAACUGACGUGAUAAUUUUCAAACAAGGGAAAGGUAUUGGGUUAAUUUUCUCUUAUUAUUUCACAAAUCAAAGUACUUUAUCUCCACGAUAAAAUGAUGAAAAUGGGGCAGCACUGCUGUACAAAAUACUGCCAGUUCAAAAUAAUUGUGUUGCAAGGAACACCCUUGACCCUACCCUAAUCUGAGGCCAAACCUUAUCCAUCCUCUAGCCCAUAUAAGGCUAUGCGCUUCUAUUCGCACAUCCUUGUUCACACAUCCUUUACCUCGCAUUGUAAGCCUCAACAAAUCAUGAUAGGCAGAAGUGGUAAAUUUCACUACAGUGCUCAUUUCCAACAAUGGAUAGAUCAUGGCUGAGGAUAAUGAAAAUGGAAAACAUUUGAGUUGACACCCGACUGGAUUUAAAUUCAAAACCUUAUGAUGGAGGCCAGCCACUCUAACCACAGCUUCCCUAAGCAGUAAGUAUAUGUAUUGCAUAAAUAAUUGUGACAUUUAUUUAUUUGUAAAACAUACAUUAAUCUCUCCACGAAACAAAGUUCCUGGCACGAUUUCGUAUUUGUCAAUAUUGCCUUGCCAUAGUGUCAACAUUAAUCGUGAUUUUUGCCAGGAAAAAUACGUAAUUUUUACAUUGCCCUCCAGUCACUGAACCCGAUCUCCUCAAUGUGUGGUCAUCUUCGCUCUAACUGUCGCCAACCUCCAAUAACAUUGCCUUUGAUUUCUAGAAUACGGGUUGUACUUUAAGACCUCAGAACAUUGAGAGUCUCCUUACAGUUGAUGUCAAAAAGUUUAGCAAACUGCAUGCUGUAGAGUCUCUGGCUUCUAAGCCAUUUUUGGUAUAUUUCUAUGACCAAAUAUAACCAUAAAUAGUA